AUGCAGCGAAUCACUCGGAAUGGUAAACCUUCUUCAUAUAUAUUUUCAAAUUUAUAAAUUCAGCGGACAAACAAAAAGAACCCAAAACCGCUGACGUACCGCGACGAUGUGUUGUGAUCAAAAAAACGAAGCUCAAUCCUGAUAUGGAAAAAAUUGAGCUUCGCUAUGUGGUCUACAACCGUGUUGGCAUGGAUGGCAAAUUUGAAGUGUGCAUUCAUAUUGACUAAAUACUUCAAAAGUAAACAUUCUUUCUUCCAGCAACUUGACGUUCUUGGCGACGCCUCCAACUUUAUCCGCGAGAGGGGCAAGGAUAUGAAGUACCAUGGAGACGAUGUAGCGACUACAGUGACUGUGGCGAGCGUUUCGAUGGAAGCGACGACGACGAGUCGCCAACCGACCGACGAAGUCCACGACAGACAGUUCGAAGUGCUCAGCCGCUCCUUGCCGGUGCUGCAAAACCUAUGCGACAGGUUUCGGGACCUCGAAUUUGCGUCAAAUGAGACACACAAGCGGUCGGAGUAUGGCAUGCUUCGUGAAAUGACCGAAGACGUAAUUUUUUCGAAGUCGAAGCUAAACGCCGAACAGUUUGCAGGCCUUGAUAGAGGGAAAUCGUGUGAUUAGUGAAGGACAACCGGUCCCCACCAACUUAAUGAAAAAAAUCCAGGUAUUUUUUACUUAUUAUAAAUUUUUUUCCAAAUAACUUUAGGGGAUCAACACGAUUGCUAGACGAGUUCUUGAAGAGCCUUCAAUGAAAAAAAUGGAAGUUCUGUCUUUGGACAAUGUGAGCAUCAGAAUAUUUCCCAAAACAUGAUUAAAUCUUAUUCAGAGCGAAAUGGCGCGCUCGAGAAGCGAAACUUUCCCAAGACGUAGAUAA